CUUACUUUGUAUGCCCACUAUUGAAUUAUAAGUAGGUUGAUACCUAUUUGAAUAAUGGACCACAAUCAUUUUAGUUCAAGAACAAGGAAUAAUAUUGUAGAACUGGCAAAAACCAAUGCUCUUCCAGAGGAAAACGAAUCCAAUCUGGAGCAGAACUGGUUUGACAAUAUAAGUUCACUUGAAAAUGUAAUCACUCAAGAAAAAAUCAAUGGAGAUUGUACACACGACGAAGAAAUCGCAGAAGAUGUGGGACUUUAUACCAAAAGGUGUGAUAGUGACUAUCAGCCACCUGAUGUCAAUACUUCAAGCUCUGUAGGCAUUAAUUUUUCAUCAACGGAUGUAUUCUUAGUCAAUUGCUUUGAUGACCAGGAUAAGAGCCAAGAGGAGUACACUGAGUUGGUUCCU